AUGGGGUCAAAUGGAGAUUUCGACGCUAACUUGAACUGCCUUGGUACUGGAGACCCUGUUUUGGACAAGGCGAUUAACCAGUGGAUCACCUGGGAUAAGAAUCCUUUGACAAGAGCUCAGAUCGAGGGUUUGGUGCAAGAUGGGUGCGUGGAGGACCUCAGACGAAGGCUAUGUUCUAGAAUGUCUUUUGGAACCGCGGGGCUGAGGGCGGCCAUGGGGGCAGGGUUCUCCCGCAUCAAUGACCUCACGGUGAUCCAGUCCACUCAGGGCAUGUACAAAUACCUAGCCAAAUGUUUCUCUGACCUGGGAAGCAGAGGAGUGGUGGUUGGCUAUGACACGCGUGGACAAGCGACCAGUGGAUGUACCAGUGAAAGGCUCGCAAGGUUGACCGCAGCUGUCUUGCUUAGUAAAGAUAUUCCUGUUUACCUCUUUUCUACAUAUGUACCCACCCCAUUUGUGCCGUAUGCUGUGAAGAAGCUGGAGGCUGCUGCAGGAGUGAUGAUUACGGCUUCUCAUAACCGUAAAGAGGACAAUGGAUACAAGGUUUAUUGGCAGAAUGGAGCUCAGAUAUCCUCUCCGCACGAUAAGGAGAUCCUCCGGUGUAUCGAGGAGAGCACGGAGCCUUGGCCGGACUCCUGGAACGAGAGCCUGGUGGAAAGCAGCCCCCUACGCAGAGACCCGUUAGGGGACGUCAGCUGCUGGUACAUGGAGGAGCUGAGGACUGUGUGUUUCCACAGAGAACUGAAUGCAAAUUCUCCCCUGAGGUUUGUGCAUUCGUCAUUUCAUGGAGUUGGACACGGCUACGUCCAGCAGGCGUUCAAAGCCUUUGGGUUUCCCCCUCCUAUCCCUGUCCCCGAACAGCAGGAUCCAGAUCCAGAUUUUUCCACAGUCAGCUGUCCAAACCCUGAAGAAGGGGAGUCUGUCUUGGAGCUUUCCCUUCGCCUUGCCGAGAGAGAGGGUGCCAGGGUUGUCUUGGCAACAGACCCCGAUGCUGACCGUUUGGCGGUUGCCGAGCAGUGUUCAAUGUGCGGUUGGAAGGUUUUCACAGGUAACGAGCUGGCUGCUCUGCUAGGCUGGUGGAUGCUCUUUAACUGGAAGGAAUCUCACCCUGACCCAGCAGACACUAAAAGAAUGUACAUGUUGGCUACCACAGUCUCCUCCAAAAUCCUCAGCGCAUUUGCACGGAUCGAGGGCUUUCACUUUGAGGAAACAUUGCCAGGCUUCAAAUGGAUCGGCAACAAAAUUCACGAGUUGACAAAAACAGGAAAUGAGGUUAUAUUCUCCUUUGAGGAGUCCAUUGGCUUUCUGUGUGGAACUAUGCUGCCUGAUAAGGACGGAGUCAGUGCUGCAGUUGUCGUGGCAGAAAUGGCUGCAUACCUAAACAACCAAAACCUUACCCUCAACCAGCAACUUGAACACAUCUAUGAAAUCUAUGGCUACCACAUCUCCAAAACCUCGUACGUCAUCUGCAAUGACCCGCCCACGGUCAAGAGAAUAUUUAGUCGUCUGCGCAACUUUGAAGGAGAAAACGUCUAUCCGAAGUCGUGCAGUGGAUACUGCAUCACUCACAUCAGAGACGUGACCACGGGAUACGACAGCAGCCAGCCUGAUAAAAAAUGUGUAUUGCCUGUGUCAAGAAGUAGUCAGAUGAUCACCUUCACAUUUCAGAAUGGCAUUGUUGCGACACUUAGGACGAGUGGCACAGAGCCCAAAAUCAAGUAUUACACGGAGUUCUGUGCACCCCCAGGAAAGAGUGACAUCUCAACUCUCGAGGAGGAGCUUAAGAAAGUGUCAAACGCCCUUGUUGAGGAGUUUUUGGAACCGGAAAAGAACAAUCUCAUUCGACGGUCCUUGUAG